AUGGACGGCCUUUUGUUCGACAGCAAUCCUGUAUUUUUAGGGACAGCGAAUCCUAUCACUAAUAAUAUCAACACUGCGAACAAUUCAGGACUUGUCGCAGAUAUUGCUACACCCGCUUAUUCUGAAACCUCUGCCACUACUACUACCACCCGUGAGAACACUUUAAUCGAUCUUGGAGAAAAUCACGAGUCUCGAGCGUCCACAUUCACAGCGCCGUUAAUUCAAAUUAUAAAUAAAUAUGAGGAACAGACCUUUAAGCUAUUUACCGCACUUCAAGCGACUGCUGUAGAUGGAAAACCACCCGAGGUUCCGGUCACCAAAAUAAUGAAAGAAAUUAUAGUGUUGGAUAGAAGGCUACAAGAAGGAAUUGAACAAAUUCAGGAGCAUCAAUAUUACCAUCAAAAAAUAUUAAACUUGCAGAAUGAAAUUGAUGACGAAAACGAACUUGUGAUGAUGUUGGUUGAGGCCAUUGAACUUGGUAAAGAACCGCUAGAAGAGGUUCUAGAAGAGUCCAUUAACAUUAAAAAAGCAAUAAAGUUAGCACAAGAUUCGCCAAUGACUGUCCAUGAUAUUUUAGAAUAUGCGAAUAAAUUGAGUAAGUUUACAUCUCCCCCAGGACGACCAUACCCGGAUGAGACGACAGUGCGGCAAGGAUUACUUUAUAAAAAUUUUAUUGCUGCAAAAGGUCAAUUGGGUGUCGAGGGCGAAGCCUUUGAAAAUAGUAAAGUUUCUUCACCCACUUCAGAUCAACCCGAUGCAAAUCCAGCAAUUUUUGAUUUAGAUUUGAAUCCAGAAUAA